GAGCGUUCACGAAUGUGCGUGAGCGCGCUUUCAGUAGCGGGCGCGAGCCUGUUGGCGUUGUGUCCCCGCUCGGCCAGCUGUGUCGCACACGAGUGUAUGUGUGUGUAUGUGUGUGUGUUCCUUGGCCAGCGGAGCGGCCCGAGCCGUAGCGCAGCGCCCUCCACUCCGUGUGACUCCACUUCCUGCGAGCGCGAGUGCGCGCACAGCUGCGAUGGAGCGCAGGAGUGACCUCCGCGUGGCCGCGCUUCUCUCUCUCUGUCCGCUAUAGACGAGCUCAGAGCGAUCGGCUGCCGCCAAGCAGGGGUCGGCCUCCAUGGAGCUCUGGGUGCGAGGACGCUGCUGGCUCUGUAUCCACCGGGACAUCCCUCGAACACUGCGCCAGCCACUGGGGUACAGAUAACACAGCUGCUGGGGUAAGCCAUGAUUCCCGUCACUGAGCUACGCUACUUCGCAGACACCCAGCCGGCGUACCGCAUCCUGAAGCCAUGGUGGGACGUGUUCACCGACUACAUCUCCAUCGUCAUGUUGAUGAUCGCGGUGUUUGGGGGGACGUUGCAGGUGACUCAGGACAAGAUGAUCUGCCUGCCUUGCAAGUGGGUCGUCAACAAGACCUGCGACAGCUACUUGUCAAGACUCUACUUCAACGCCACGUUUUCUUCCGUCCCUCUUGCCGUGGAACCCAGGGGCAUCCAGUACGACUUGGAUCGGCACCAGUACAACUACGUGGACGCUGUGUGCUACGAGAACAAGUUGCACUGGUUUGCAAAGUACUUUCCGUACCUGGUGUUGCUGCACACGCUUGUCUUCCUAGCUUGCAGCAACUUCUGGUUUAAAUUUCCCCGUACGAGCUCUAAGUUGGAGCACUUUGUGUCGAUUCUGCUGAAGUGCUUUGACUCGCCCUGGACGACGCGGGCACUCUCGGAGACGGUGGUGGAGGAGCGCGACCCUAAACCGGUGCUGGGGAAGUUGAAUGGGUCCAUGGACAAAAAGGCAUCGUGCGCCAGUGAGGAUGUGGAGGCCAGCGUACCCAUGCUCCAAAGGGCCAAGACACGCAUUGAGCAAGGCAUCGUGGACCACUCGGAGACCGGCGUUCUGGACAAGAAGGAAGGAGAGCAAGCAAAGGCACUCUUUGAAAAGGUCAAGAAGUUUCGCACACAUGUCGAAGAGGGUGACAUCGUCUACAGGCUCUACAUACGACAGACCAUCAUAAAAGUGAUUAAAUUUAUUCUCAUCAUCUGCUACACGGGCUACUACGUUAGCCACAUUCAGUUCAGCGUCGACUGCAGCGUGGACAUCGAAAACCUCACCGGCUACCGCAUGUACCGCUGCGCGCACCCCCUGGCCACACUCUUCAAGAUCUUGGCUUGCUUCUACAUCAGCUUGGUGGUGGUCUACGGCCUCAUCUGCAUGUACACGCUCUGCUGGAUGCUUCGGCGCUCUCUGAAGAAAUACUCCUUUGAGUCAAUUCGAGAGGAGAGCAGCUACAGUGAUAUUCCAGACGUGAAGAACGACUUUGCCUUCAUGCUGCACAUGAUAGACCAGUACGACCCGCUGUACUCAAAGCGCUUUGCCGUCUUCCUCUCGGAAGUGAGCGAAAAUAAGCUGCGACAGCUCAACCUCAACAACGAGUGGAGCCUGGAGAAGCUCAGGCAGAGAAUCACCAGGAACUCUCAGGACAAGCUGGAGCUGCAUCUUUUCAUGCUUAGUGGAAUCCCAGACACGGUGUUUGACCUGCUGGAGCUGGAGGUGCUGAAGCUGGAGCUCAUCCCUGAUGUCACCAUCCCCCCAAUCAUUGCCCAGCUCACGAGCCUGAAGGAGAUGUGGCUUUAUCACACGCCUGCCAAGAUCGAGGCCCCGGCUCUGGCCUUCCUGCGGGAGAACCUCAGGUCGCUGCAUAUAAAGUUCACGGACAUCAAGGAGAUUCCCCUGUGGAUUUACAGCCUCAAGAACUUGACCGAGUUGCACCUCACCGGAAACCUCAGUGCAGAGAACAAUCGCUACAUAGUCAUCGAUGGACUGCGAGAGCUGAAACGUCUCAAGGUGCUGCGGCUGAAGAGCAACCUGACCAAGCUUCCCCAGGUGGUCACUGACGUGGGGGUCCACCUACAGAAGUUGUCCAUCAACAACGAGGGCACCAAGCUUAUGGUGCUCAACAGCCUGAAGAAGAUGGUGAACCUGACGGAGCUGGAGCUGAUCCGGUGCGACUUGGAGCGAAUCCCACACUCCAUCUUCAGCCUGCACAACCUGCAGGAGAUUGACUUGAAAGACAACAACCUGAAAACGAUAGAGGAGAUCAUCAGCUUCCAGCACCUGCACAGACUAGUGUGCCUUAAGCUCUGGUACAACCAGAUCGCCUACGUCCCAAUCCAGAUCGGCACACUCACCAAUCUGGAGCGCCUCUAUCUGAACCGCAACAAGAUUGAGAAGAUUCCUAGUCAACUCUUCUUCUGCCGCAAGCUGCGCUUCCUCGACUUGAGUCACAACAACUUGACCUACAUCCCGGCCGACAUUGGAUUCCUCUCAAACCUGCAGUACUUCGCUGUUACAGCCAACCGGAUCGAGACGUUGCCUCCAGAGCUGUUCCUUUGCAAGAAGCUGCGCACGCUGAAUUUGGGCAACAACUGCCUGCAGUCAGUCCCGUCGCGCUUCGGGGAGCUCACGGGCCUGGUGCAGCUGGAGCUGCGCGGUAACCGCCUGGAAGGGCUCCCCGUGGAGCUGGGCGAGUGCCGGCUGCUCAAGCGCAGCGGCCUCGUUGUGGAGGAGGACCUUUUCAACACGCUGCCCUCAGAAGUGAAGGAGCGCCUGUGGAGAGCGGACAAGGAGCAGGCGUGAGGGCAGCGGUCGUGGCGCCGGGGCACCUGGUCCAAAGCUUCCAGACAAAACUUCAGAGGGACGGACCCUCCACGGUCACGUUACACCACUUUGGUAUUUAUGUUUUCAGCUGGAAAUAACGGUGGGCGAGUCCCCGACAAUCCUCAUGACACUGAAAUGUAGUGAAAUGAUUCCAGAAUACUGCUGUAGAAAGACAUUGUAUUGCUUUACAAUUCUCAAAACAAACAAACAAACAAAUCUGCUUUAAGCAAAGCGAAGCAAAGUGCUAGUGGAAGUGGUCUGUUCCAGGUGUGGUCCUGUACCAGGCUCAGGUACAGAGGCUGGGUAUCGCGAUGGUGUUCUCUGCAUCAGGCUCCUUGCUCUCGUUGAGGCCGGCAGUCAUUUUUCUCCCUAGUGGUUGGAUUUUGGGCAAAAAUUAAGUGCAGCUUGUGUAAAGCAAACUCAGUUUCAGUAUUUCAAGUGGGUUGAGAGCAUACAGCUAAAUAAACAGUGCAAAAAAUUAAAUUUAAUUAGCAAAAUUUUUUCUGUGUAACAAAAUUCCUAUCCUAUGGAAAUGACUAAAGAAAGAAGUAAUGUACAGGUGAGAUACAUUGGAAGGAGCGGUCAGUGAGUGGCCCUCUAUCAGCAGUGACCGGUCCUCCUCCUCCUCCUCCUGCUGAUGAACACAGAUUGAACGCUUUUGUUCCCUUGAGUUCAGCACCAUAAGGCAUCUGCUCUAAUUUUGUUCUUCUGUAAGCAUCGUGACCUUGCGGCUGCGGGAUGAGCCUGGAUGUCCAUUUGGUCACGACUGGUUGACCACUCCUGGAGGGGCCUUUUUUCACACUAGGUUAAAGUGCUAUAAAAUGAGAAGGAGAGUUCAGGUAGCGGUCAGGGUCAAGGAAGUGCAGCGGUGCUGCCUUGGUGGCGCUCUGGAUCGCCACGCCGUACCGGCAGACCUUUGGUGGGCCGGGCCGUCUCCUCUCUGCGAGUCUGGAACUUCACCGCAGGGAUGCGGCACCAUUUGGGGUCCCGAUUGGGGGACUGGGAUGACCGUGGUAAAGCAGGUUUCUGGUUCGAAUCCCACCUCUUGCUGUAGUCCCCUUGAGUUGGCUGUUUACCCUGAAGUCGUACUGCAAGAAUACCCUGCUGGAUAAAAAGCUAAGAGUUCUGCAUGUCACCAGAUAAUGGGAUCAAUGUACUGUCCAGUACAUCCCUAUAUACUAUAAAAUAUAUGUUUUUAUUUAUCUCCCAGAAUUUAAAAAAAAAAGCAGCAAAAUGGGAAACGGUUUGUUAAAAGCAUCACACUUAAAUAUUUCAAGUAAUUUCCAAAUGUAAGAAAAUCACUUAUGAGGCGUUGGAAUAAAUGAUGGGACCCAGACUUGACCCCCCCCCAACAUUGCAACAAGCACAUUGACUAAAUAACGGUUAGUAGUAAUUGUUUGUGGCAUAAACCAUGGCAGAAAAACACACCCACACCGUAACUCCUCCGUGUGGGAAAUGAUUGAUUAUUCACAUUGCUCACGUUUCUUUCAAAAGCAGCUUGCAGGGUGAGGUUCGUACACUGUUAGUCACACUGAUUUACCCAUUUACGCAGCUGAGUAAUUUCUUGUGCAUCAGUUCACGGUAAGUACCUUGACCAAGAGCACUACAGCACGAGGUGGGAUCUCAGAGGAGUACAGGGACACCACAGUGGAGGAGCUGGAGCUUUUGUGGUCCAACUGUCUUUUCUUCCAACCUCCAUGACAUCACAUUAUUAUUAUGGUUGGUUACAAUGGUUCCUCGUGAAACGUCAGCAAGUUGAGCAUCGUUCCUCACUAAGGGUCGUGCGGAACGUGCCCCAGAGUGACUGAGACGGGUUCUUCGCACACGUAGGCUGUUGUGUUUGUGGUGGGUGACAUUAACUUUGUAAACACCUGUAUGGACACCCCUGUUUGUGUGUGUGUGUGUGUGUGUGUGGCCUGGUAGCGUUCCCAAGGAGCCACUCGUUAUGCAGGGGGAACGUGGGCACACCCUUGCUGGAAAAACCACCUCAAGAACACAACUGAACAUGAAGACUAAAUGAAAAGCUUGUCUGUGGCCCCGGUUUGUGUGCAGUGUGAUUCUGAGCUGUCCCUCAUGAAGAGGGACCCAGCGUUUGAUGUGUAGCUUGCCAAUGUGACCGCAGUGGACGACUGCCUGUGUAGCAUGUAUCCUAGCAACCAUGAGUUCAUUGGCACCCCUCAGACCUGCUGAAUCCCUGUAGUUCACCUGCACCACAGGAGACAUGGAGAACUUGCUGGAGUCUUGUGCUUGGUAGUUUGGUGGAAAAAGCCACAUUGUUCCAUUUAGAGUCGUUUCAGUUGGGUUUAGGUCCAUGAAUGGUGGGUAAAACCUCCAUGAAUCCCGAAAGAGACUGCAUUUACAUAAAUUUACACUCAAGGAGUGACGUCACUUUCCCUCCGCAGCACUGAAUGCUUCGUCCUUGCAGUGACCCUCACCGAUGGGUGAUUUUCAAGACCAGCUAAGAACACUUGCCUUAACGUCUUGUGUGUGUGUGUGUUCCUGUGUUCCCUGUCUAUACACAGGCAUAGCCAAUAUCGAUUUACUGUGUGUACUUUUACUCAUUUGCCAUGUGUGCUGAAAAGGCGGCAGUCAGAACAGUGUUGUUUUUGGCGAAGAGGCAGAAAUGGUUUGUGUGGAAACCCUCUGUCCUUCUGUCAGUGUAAUGGCGAUGCCGCCGGGUUCAGCGUAUCACUGUGGUUCCGCUCGACAACGGCGGCUCUUCAUCACACCACCCCAUACCACCUGGGAAUGUCUCUUAGCCGCGUCCCGCUGGAAAACGGCCGCCUGGUCACAGAUUCUGCCAAUCCUGGACACCUCUGAUCAAUCCGGUGGGAGUUGUGUUGCUCUCGAUGUUCAUGUUUUACUCAGCCGUUGAGUGUAAUUGAUGUAAUGUAGCCUUUGUGUUGUUGUUGUUACACCUUCCCAGUGUUAAGAUCUCUUCAUAAUUCCGUGUUGUAUGAAAAGUGACUUGAACUGCACUGGUCUUCUGUACUGUUUCUCAGUAUUAGCAGCGUGUGUGCGGCCAGUCAUUGAAGGAAAGUGUGGACAAACCACACCCCCACCCCACCCCGGCUCAGUCUCCUCGAACCCAUGGACAUACACUCCUGUGCUGGGUACAGUAACCCAUGAGCACAAGGAAUAGUGUACAAUAGAGUACAGUGUUGUGUCUGACUGCCUGUAUGGAGUCCAGAUGAAGUGUUUUGAUCAACAAAAAAUAUUUUCAGAAAACUUCUUAUCCUUUGAUUUUUCCUUUCUUGUGGGCAUUAAUUACCUUAAAACACUAGCAAUUUUACUCCAGUAUUUGUGUAGUUUAUCGUCUUGUUUGUGUUAACAGUGGGCAGUCUGCUUCCCUUGGGCUACUGCUAGAUGGGAAGACUAAGAAAUGCGUUUUUAACUCAAGAGUGAUAGAAAACAUUUUCCAGAGAGGGAUCUGAAGAGUUGCUUCCUCACUGCUGUCUGCCGAUAGCACAUGGUGCACAAAACAUUUCUCAGGAAACUGAUUUCUAGCCGUCUUUCAUUGCUUUUUCCACACUGCCUACAUUAUAUUUUGUACUUGUGUUAAUUUAAAAAGCUACUUUGAUCUUAUGUACAUUUAUUUGUAUUUUAAGUGUUUUAUAUUCCUUUUGUCAUUAAUAUUUACGUAUAAUGUUUACUGGGUUGGGGGCUACUGUACACAUAUAUUCUCCAGUGUACCGAAAAAGCGACACUCAUACGGUUUUCCGUGUCCGAUUUUAUAGGCAUUUAUAUGUAUGAACCAAUCAGAUUGCUGAUCACUUUCCUGAAUUUGUGUGUGUGGUAGAACUGCAGCGCUGAGCAAGGGGUUAACAGACCUUUGAGAGGGAAACUACACUGCAACUGGUCAGUGCAUCGUGUGGGAGUCUGUGGUCCCAGUCGUACGACUAGCGUCACUCACUUAUCCGUCAGGGUCACGUGACUUUUCUUUUUAUUUAACAUUCAGCUUAUUCCUGUAUGACCACCGAUGACUGCUUAGCCAGUGGUCGGUUCACUAUUACACUACUCCUAUUCCUUUGCCAGUGCUGAAAAGAAGAAAGAUUACUUAUCUGCAACAUAAGUAUUUCAUUUAUACUGCAAAAACUGUUUAGGCGAUAACUUUUUAUUGUUUAACUGGAUGUAGCUGUUUUAACAUUUAAUGAAGACAUAUGGAAAUUGUUUGUGGUCUCCUUCCCUUUGUUGCAUUUUUA